AAAGUUCGACGCUAGGUCAACACGCAUAAGCGUAUCUGCUCGGCACCCCAACUCAAAUCCGCUGCAUCGUUACGGCUAAGCUUCCGCGAAACAAGUCGCGAGUUACCCGUUUCCGACAUUCGACACGAUCAUUAAUUAAUUAAACACAUCGACACAUGCGCCUGAUACGGUGCCAUCGAAAUUUUGAAAUUUGGCUUCUGUGAAAAUCAACUGAUAAUAUGAAUCUAGAAGAAUAUCGCAAACAUGGAAAAGAAAUGGUGGACUACAUCGCCGAUUAUCUAGAGAACAUUCGAUCUCGCCGCGUUUAUCCGGCGGUUUCGCCGGGUUAUCUGAGAAACAUUCUGCCAUCUUCGGCACCUGUGAACGGCGAGUCCUGGGAGGACAUAUUCGCGGACAUCGAAAGGUGCAUCAUGCCAGGGGUGACGCAUUGGCAGAGCCCACACAUGCACGCCUAUUUCCCGGCCCUGAAUUCACCUGCAAGCCUGCUGGCCGACAUGCUGGCCGACGCGAUCAAUUGUCUUGGAUUUACUUGGGCUUCGAGCCCUGCGUGCACGGAGCUAGAGACAAUCGUAAUGAACUGGCUCGGUAAAAUGAUUGGGCUGCCAGAAGAAUUCUUGCAUCGUCCAGGAGGAUCGGGAGGCGGUGGCGUGAUACAAACAACCGCAUCAGAAGCCACUCUCGUUUGCUUACUGGCAGCAAGGACUCGAGCCAUUAGAGACGUGCAACAAAACGAGCCAGAUCGUUUACCAGCUGAGAUUAAUUCGCGUCUUGUCGCGUAUUGCUCUGACCAGGCUCAUUCCAGCGUGGAGAAAGCUGGAUUAAUAGGUCUGGUUCGAAUGAAAUACAUCGAAUCUGAUGACGAGCUAAGUAUGAGAGGGGAAACAUUACUGGAAGCAAUAACUCAAGACAGAGCUGAUGGUUUACUUCCCUUUUUUGUUUGCGCUACUUUGGGUACAACUGGUGCGUGCGCUUUCGAUAAUCUAAAAGAAGUCGGUCAAGUGUGUGAACAAAACGGACUCUGGUUACACGUGGAUGCGGCUUACGCAGGCAGUGCAUUCGUGUGCCCUGAAUUCCGUGGUUGGCUUAAAGGAAUAGAAUACGCCGAUUCAAUUGCGUUCAAUCCUAGCAAAUGGCUGAUGGUGCAUUUCGACUGCACCGCUAUGUGGGUGAAAAGUAGUCAAGCAUUGCACAGAACGUUUAACGUGGAUCCAUUGUAUUUGAAGCAUGAAAACUCAGGUCUUGCUAUUGAUUACAUGCACUGGCAAAUCCCAUUGUCAAAGAGAUUCAGAGCAUUGAAAUUGUGGUUCGUCAUUAGAAAUUACGGAAUCACUGGCCUUCAGAAGCAUAUUCGUGAGGGGGUAAGAUUGGCACAAAAAUUCGAGGCGCUAGUUUUGGCAGACGCACGCUUCGAGAUUCCAGCAACAAGGCAUUUGGGGCUGGUUGUGUUUCGCCUUCGAGGAGAGAACAGUUUGACGGAACGUUUGUUAAAGAAGAUGAAUUCAAGGGGUCGAGUGCACUGUGUUCCAGCUGCUUUGCAUGGAAAAUAUGUAAUUCGUUUCACCGUCACUUCGACUAACACGACCAAUGAGGAUAUCUUAAGAGACUGGGCCGAGAUACGAAAUACAGCGAAUGAAAUUUUGGAUGACGACACAAUUUCACCUGUACGGGCAAAAGUUCCACUCGCAGAAAGCUCAGACACACGAGAAAAGAAUGAAAAUUUUGGUACAAGUUUGUUAUUGGCUAAUUCCCCAAUGUCACCGAAAAUCGUAAAUGGUAGCUUUGCUGCAAUAUACGAUACUGCGGACGUAUUCGAGGAAUGCACGAAGGCUUUUGGCCAAUUACGACUCGAAGCUAGAGACAGUCCAGCCAUGCGUCGUCGAAUUCGAGGAAUACUCAUGUCAGGAAAACAAUUCUCCCUGGAUUCCCGUAUGGAUCUCGUGCAGGGCUACGCUUGUUGCCGUCCAGCUAUAGAAAUGGCCACUGAAUUGCCACUACAAGAGGACGAAGAUGUUGGAAUCGCCGAAACAAGCUCCGAUGCUAAUCAAUCUAGCAAUGAUGAUCUCGAUGAACGUUCAACCGGCCAACAAGAGUCGGAGGAUAUUACCGAGAAAACGUUAAAAAGGCAAACAUCCAAGUCUCGCUCGAACUACGCCGUAAAUGGUUCCGUGAAAAUCGGUUCUCAAGACUGCUCGAAUACUCUUACGUCCAUGUUGUCGACUGAAGGUAAUCUGCCAAGGAGCGAAACGAUAGCCGCGAUCGGUCAUCGUUCGUACACCGACGAUUUAUCGAUCAUGCAAGGCGAGAAUCUUUGUAAAGGGGAUAACGUAGAGGACGUGACUGUCUGCAGGAAAUGCGGCCAUUGUAUGAAAAAUAAAGAAUAAAGAAAUUAGCCGAAUAAAACGUAACUGUUAUCGCGACUGUGUGUACAUUCCUUCAUUCGAUGGAAUUCUAUGUUCUUCAGAUUUAAACACUACCAAUUGUUGGAGAGAAAGUAAUCAACCGCGAUAAUAAAUCUGAAUUUACCGUCUGAA